AUGAGUCAGCUCUCCUCUCCAGGGAGCCCCCACAAAGGGGGGGCCCCCCCAGACCUCCUGGCAACGAGUGCUGCCUUGCCCCCAGCAGCAGCAGCAGCAGCAGUAGCAGCAGCAGCAGCAGCAGCUGGUCGGCAGAGUCCCAGCACCAUGCCUCCACGAUGUGAAGGGGCCCCUCGGGGGGCCCCCCGAGGCCCUGCAGAGCAGCAGGGUCCCCCCGAGACCCUUUCUGGGGGCCCCCCUUUGGGGGCCCCUCGGGAGUCUUUGGGGGCCCCCCCUGAGGAUCUCCCUGAGGAGCGUGCUGCAGCACGGGAGCCCCAGGGGGGCCCCGUUGCUGCUGCUGCUGCUGCUGUAGCGAGUAGCGAGUUUGAGCUGCCGCUGCUGCUGCUGCAGCCCUCCGCCGAGGGGCCCCCCGAGGGGCCCCCGGGGCCCUUCAGCUGCCUGGGGCCCCCCCCAGUUCGGGAAAGUUGGCAAGAAGAAGUUUCUGCUUCAGUUGCUGCUGCUUUUAGAGAUCUCCGCAGCAGCGUGUUUGCCAGGAGCAGCAGCAGCAGCAGCUGCACCGGUAGCAGCAGCAGCAGCUGCAGCAGGCCCUUCCGAAAGGGCCUCGGGAAGUCCAUGCUGAAGACAGCAGCAGAAACUGCAGCAGCAGCAGCGGUGGCAGGCGCAGCAGCAGCAGCAGCAGAUAAGGCAGCAGCAGCUCCCCUGCAGGCCAAACCCGUGGCCCCAGAAGAGGCCACGAGGGGGCCCCAGCAGCAGCAGCAAACUACAGCAGCUCAACCACCACCUGGGGGCCCCCCUGUGGGGCCCCCUGGGGGGCCCCCUGAGGGGCCCCAGGGCCCCCAGGGGGCCCCUGAGGGACCCCUGCGGCAAACAGAGCCCCGGGGGUUCCCUUCGGGGCCACCGCAGCAGCAGCUUAGCGAGGGGCCCCCCAAGGGGCCCCCCAUGGGGGCCCCCAGGGGGCCCCUGCAAGGGGCCCCUCAGGAGCCUCCCGAGGCGCUGGGUAGCGCCAGGCAUGAACCUGCUGCUGCUGCUGCUGCUGCUGCUGCUGCUGCUGCUGCUGCUGAGAGGGUCUCCCGGGACUGCGAGGCGCAUGAGGGGGCAGCAGAUCUGCAGUCGGAAUUUCUGUCUGCGUAUACAAUUCAGCCGCAGCAGAUUGCUGCUGCAGCAGAAGCAGCAGCAGCAGCAGCAGCAACUGCUGCAGCAACAGCAGCAACGAGCGAGGCCGGGGACACUGAGGAUGCUGACAAAGAAACAGCAGCAAGGCAAGGCAGCGAUGCUUCCUCUAACUCGUCAUCAGCAGCAGCGACAGAAGCAGCAGCAGCAGCAGCAACAGCAGCAACAGCAGCAGCAGCAGCAGCAGCAGAUAAGCAAGGGCCCCCAGAUGAGAGCCACUGGACAGCAAGCCCAAAGAGGGCCCCCUCAUUGGCAGGCUCUCCCUCUGCAGCAAGUGGGGCUAAACCCUAA